CUCUCUCUCUCUCUCUCUCUCUCGGAUCGCUCUCCCGGUAGCACUUUGCUUUUGCACUUUGCCGUCCCGUCGAGUGAUCCCAAGCAUCCCGCAAGAUGACCAUCAACACCCUGGCUAAAGGAGGGUGUCAUCGGGAGCAAAUGGCAUGCUUUCGAAAGAUGGAGAAAGUGAUAGUGGCCAUGCAGGACCCUGACAUGGGCAUGAAGAUGAGAAACCAGAGGCUUCUUAUAACUGUCAUUCCACAUGCCAUGACAGGCCAUGAUAUAAUUACUUGGUUGACGCACAAAUACAGAAUCAGCGAGGAGGAGGCUCUGCACCUUGGCAACAUGCUGGUGAAAUAUGGAUAUAUUUACCCCCUCAAAGAGCCGAGGUGCCUUGUGCUACGGCCCGAUGAGUCACCCUACCGCUUCCAGACCCCAUAUUUCUGGACUAGUACCAGGUGGCCCGCCUCAGAGCUGGACUAUGCAAUCUAUCUGGCUAAAAAGAAUAUAAGAAAACAAGGUGAACUGAUGGAAUAUGAGAAGGAAAGGUACAGUCUGUUGCACAAGAGGAUCAACCACACCUGGGACUUUGUUGUGAUGCAAGCCAGAGAGCAACUCAGAGCGUCCAAACAGAGGCGGAAGGCUGACCGCAUUGUUCUGGAGUGUCAGGAGCAGGCUUACUGGCUCAUCAACAGACCCCCGCCUGGGGUUAAUAAUGUGUUGGACACAGGAUUGGAGCGACCAAAUAACUUCAGCUGCAGAGUCACACUGAACAGUGACUACUACAAAAGAGAGAUUGAAGCCUGUAGAAAGGCUCUUGGAAGAAACCGUGUAAAAUCAUCCAUCUGCCUAGAAGGUUUUCUGAAAUACAGCGAGCAGUACCUGAACCACGAUCCCAUUAUGCAAGGCUGCCUGCCCAGUAACCCCUGGAUCUCUGAUGACACCGCGCACUGGACGAUGAACGCAGAAAUAGUGCCGGUCCCGACGCGUCUACGAGUAGAACGCUGGAGCUUCAGCUUCACGGAGCUCCUCAACGAUGCCAUGGGGAGGAAGGAGUUCAUGACCUACCUGGAGAAGGAAUUCAGUGCGGAGAACCUGUAUUUCUGGCAGGCGUGUGAGGAUAUCAGACAUGGAGAAAACUCCAAAAUCGUAGAGAAAGUUGAAGACGUCUACAAGAAUUUCCUGGCUCCUGGAGCGGCCCGCUGGGUCAACAUCGACAGCAAGACAAUGGAUAAAACCUUAGAGGGGAUCAAACGGCCGCACCGCUUUGUCAUGGACGACGCGCAGAUGCACAUUUACUUCCUCAUGAAGAAGGACUCCUACCCAAGGUAUCUCAAGUCUGACCUGUACAAGAACAUGCUGGCCAAAGCCAUCGUCCCCCAGGAAACCAAGAAAAGUGUGUUCCCCUUCAUGAGACGCCAGAGGCACUCUAGCCCCUCCCCUGCUCAGACUGCCACCCAGGCAGCAGAGGAAGAAGGCCUUGCCAAGGGGGCAGGUGCCAACUCUGCAGCUGGCUCGCAUUUCUGAUCCAGGCCAAAAAAAAAACAAAAAAAACCAAAAGAGAGAAAGACUCGGUCGCUUUACUCUGUUGUCUGAGUUUUUUUCUUUAAAGUCAAAUAGAGCUUCUCGUACACCGCAGCAACAUCACUAAAGCUUUGAGAAACAGGUGUCAUGGCACACCUGAGCAGCAUGAAACUGAAGGACGACCAGCGAACCACAGAGAAGAGCUUUUUAUACACCCUUCAUUGUUGCAUCGUCAUCCCAUCACAGUGUGCUGAAUAGUUUUUCCUAUGAUCCCCAUAUCAAGUGUUCUUUUUCUAUAGAAUCCUGAGCCGGUUUAGGUAAAGGCGUUGGUAACAUGAUAUUUCUUCAGAGAUCUGCCUCAGUGUGACUGUGAUUGUUGUGCAGGUUGCUAUUCAGUUUUCUCAAGCAUGCUCUCAACUCAAUAAAAUGUCACAGCAGCAGUUAGUGUGGUGCUAUGGCCUCAGCCCUGCUUGCUGUGAAUACCCGUGAGAGUGUGUGGAUACAGUGACCAGGUUUUAGAGCUCCCUUUCCUUCCUCUCUUUCUACCACACACUGCUAAUCGAUUUCAUGGGUUCUUUAAGCAGUUUUUAAAUCUUCAGAAAAAUAAUUUAAACAAACGUUCCCACUGAAAUUAGUACCUUUGGUCAUUUAACCCUUCCUAUGGCUACCUGCAGGAGCUUUAAAAGGCACAUUAUUUGUAGUAACACUUCUGUUGCUUCUACUUCCUUAUAACCGUUCUGUGCUGGCUCCCUCUACUGGCUGCAUGUGACCAAAGCGACACGUUUUCACGUUUCCUGGAAAAACUACAGCCUGUGAUCCUUUGUGGCAGGUGUGAUCCCUGAGCUGUGAGCACCCGUUUCCUUCUCAGAACGUUUUAUCUGAAGUCUGAAGAUGUAAAAGUAAUGUGUAAAAUAAAAUCUACACCUUAAGACCCUGCAAA